UUUUUUUUUUUUUUUUUUUUUUUGCCGAUUCAUAUGUAUAUCAAUAAAUACAAAUCAGCCGGUGCAUACAGUUUGUGUAUAGGUGUAGUGUUUGGAACAGCAGCUUCUUAUUUUGGCAAAUAUAAUAGGAAAGCAUAUGUAAAUCUUAUGUCGAAGUACAUUACAGUAUCAGCAGUAUCAAUUGCAGCAUUAUUGAGUCUUCAAGGGUUCAUGGUGCCAACAACACAAUCAAAACAAUCGCCUUUACAACAUUUAAGAGUACUUAACUAUCAAUCUCACUCUAUAUCAGCUAUACCGACCACCAAACCAUCAAUGAAUAUUCACAGCCGAUAUGUAUAGGUCAACAAGGCUUUUUUGUUUAUAUUUACUUUUUCCAAAAGAAGUGUUACACUCAGCUCGCGUUUCAACUUUAAUUUUACAUUCACACACCC